CCUGCAAAAACAAAAUCUGCAAUUGAAGCAGCUUGCUUUCUUUUGCAAUUUUGUUUAAAAUAUGGAAAUGACAUUUUACAAACAAAACUUGAAUCUUGGAUGGAGGAAACUAAACAUAAUGAAUGGAGUAUUG